AAUUAUUCCAAGAAACUGGUAACUUGAUUGGAUACUCUGAUCUUCUCCUUGCCAUCCUCCAAAAUGCAGCUACAGAUUUCACAGAAAGAGGAAGGUGCAGCACUCCACGAUCUUGUACAAAUGCUCCAGCCCUUCCGCAGCCCAGGGAUAAUUCAGAAGGAACGAGCUGUACGUGAAGCAAACAACAAACACCGCCUCCACACGACAAAGCUACAAACACAUCAACAUGUCAGUGCAUCCAUCUCCAAAAUCCUGGUAUCAGGGGGAUAAAGGCUAGCUGUCAGGAACGAGCUGCUUCACUGACGUUACCACAAGGAAGUCCAAAAUGUAAAAAACCUCGGUGAUUAGCAAUGAUUAACUUUUCCUCCCACAGGCUACUUGUCUGUGCAUCAUGAAAUCUAAUUUUGCCUCUGCAGACCUGUUAGGAGGCAAGAGGUUCGGAGCGCAGCUUUCAAGCAGGGCACCGAGCAGAUGUUUCAGUUUCCAACCUGAAGAACAGGUUCUGCGGAUGCAAAAGGAACGAAACGUCUGUUUGGCAUUGUUACCACCCUCCGAUUCCUUUUGCCUCCUCCCACUUUGAACUUGUUACCCUGGAGCUGAACUGUUUGAACAGGGGCUAUAAAGCUGCUUUGUGAUCAGAGAGCUGAGAGCCCUCAACAUGUGAAAGCGGGGCGGGAUUUCGCUCCAGACUCCGCAGGUCCUUCCCUCCCUCCUGCCGGUUUUGUCCCGGGUAUGAAGGUCGGGCGCUCCGCGCAGAGGAGCCGGGACAGCCCACCUGCACUGCCUGGCUGGGAGAGACAAAGGUGUGUGCGGCGUUUGCUUUCGGCUUGCUUUGCUACUUUCUCUUGCAGCGAUCAUUUUGGUGUACUUUUAACACUUUUGCUCACUCUCGGGCGUUAGAAACAAAGUUACCGCUAAGCUACCCCAGAAGCAUGCGCAGCCUUAUAGCUGUAACAGAAUUUGCUGCUACUUUUGCUCUCGUGUUUUUGGAGGAAGGGGGAAAAUGAAAAGAGCAUCAUGCCUAAUGCUUGUUUUAUUUUAUCAUACUUUCUCUUGUUCAUGAGAAUGUUCAGGAACCUUGGAAUUUUGUUAGUCCUAAAGUUUUAGAUUCUCUGAGCUUGUAGGGAUGAAGUAAACUGCAUUAGCAAAAUUAGCAAAAGCUCAGACUUUUCUAACUGGACAACUGCUUUUUUUAUGAAAGACUACUGCAUUCAUUCUGAACUGAUAACCUUAGCCUUGAGUUUUCCCAGGUGUACGGAGCCAAAAUGAAAACUGACUUGGAUAAGAGAGGUUGAAUAUAAAAUAAACUUCAGGUAUUUAAAUAAAAUACCAGUUUAGCAAUAAAACGUGGCUGAUUCUGUGACUGAACAGCCAAAUUUUAACUUGGGAGAAAAGACGUGCAUGACACUUUGAAAAGGUAUACAUGUUUUUAUUUCUGAAAAUUUUUAAAUUUUUUUUAAAAAUUUGCUCAUUCAUUUUGGCUAUGGAGAAAUAAUUUAAAGUUCUUUCCUGGAAUAAAAAUGUGGGUAAUGAUUGCAAAGAUGUGGCAAAUAAUAAGGAUGGUUGGAUUGCUGGGGCUGUGCAUAUUCCAGAUGCCUCAAGCUUCAUGGUUCAGAUGCAGCUCUUAAAUAUACCCUGAAUCCUCAGGGUGAUAAUUUCUAGAAUCAUGUUCUGUUUCAUGGUAGAGGUAGGUUGCCUGUUAUAAAAUAAAACAGGAGAAAGAGUCACUGCUGACUAUGGUUGGCUUGAGGUAGGAAAUUGAUGCUAUGUUCAGAAUGGAGCUCAAAGUUAACGUAUUGUUCAAAAGAAUGUGGUGAAAGUUUUGUCUACUAAGACAGCUUUUUCUGUCCUUACUGAGGGUGCAAAAACCAUGCUGGGGAGAAUUCCUUUUGACCAGUGAGAUUAACUGUGAGAAACUGUUCAGUGCAAGUUAGUGGAGGGGUUGAGUGCCGAGGGCAAGGCUGAGUGGUGUCAGUCGCUGUGUUCUGGUGGCCUCAGGACUGGAUAUGGGGACAGGGAGAAAUGUUAACUUGGCUCUGAGCACUUCAGCAGGAGCACUACGCUUGUUACAGGCUCUUUGCUUUGGGCACCAGGGGUUUAUUACAGAAAGUAGAGGCCAUGACCAGGUACAGAAAUAUUUGUCAUGUCUUUUUUAUUUAUUGGGCUUUAAUAAGCACUAUUUUACCAGAACUGCUUCUGUCAUACCCAGUUUUAUUAUAUAAACCUGUAUGACUGAAUCUUGAAACACUCAGGGCUCACUGAUAUUUAAUGACUCUGUUGGCAAGAUGAGCUCCUAUAAUGCAGCAUAUUUUGAUUAUUCUCAGCCAAAGAACAAGUUUAUUCUGGCUUUGCAAAAAAGGAUGAUAACAUUCCGAUUUAUAGCCAAGCUCCUUCUACAUUCUCUGAAAGGCUUUUGUUUUUAUAUUUCCUGUAAUUUUUCUGAAUUAAAAACUACUCCAUACUUAACUCAAAGUGGCUGAGAGCAUCUUAGUCAAUGGUCCUGCAGGAACAACAGAGCGAUAAAAUAUAUGAUGUGCAAUGCUCUUCUAAAAUCCUGUACUCACAGUUUCAAAACAACACAAUCUCACUUUGGUUUUGAAAUAAAUGGUACAGAGCCCUCAGUUCCUAAAUAUAGCUCAAAGGGGACAACAUACUUGUGAAUAUCACUGGAAUUUGUUCUUGUUACUUUGUCCAGAGCUGAGAAAAUGACUGUAUAAAUGAAUUUGAGUAGGUUAGAGGAUGAGGCUGAAGAGAUUUUUCAACAAAGAGAGUCUUGCAUUUACUAAGGAUAAUUUGAAUUUACUGCAAUACAAUUUUCAUGCACCCAGAUAUCUCAGUUAUGCAUUAGUUAUCUUUAAAAUUACCCACUUCUUUCAUGAUAAGCUUAAAUUGAUCUGAUCUUAAUAUUGAAAUAGAUUCUCCAGUGUUAUACCUGAAUCUUCUUUCACUUCCACUAUCUUGACCUUGUUUGUGAAUUCACCUCUGCUUCCAUUGUUACCUCUGGCCUUGCUGGAUGAUGUCAAACUUCAUGUCCCUCACUUGUAACAGUUCCUGGUGGCAGCUGUGACACGAGCAGUAGGUACUGACCAUGCGUCCAGGUUCAGCUGGCAGAGAAAGAAAGCCUUGUGUGACAUGAGCCAAGCCCUGUUCUGAGGGGAUGGCUACCCAUGUGUGCAACUCUUCAGCCCAGUUUUUGUUUCAAGUCACUGAAAUUCUGGUCUCCACAUUACUGCUUAGGGCACAGAGUCUAAAUCUGUAGGGAAUUUCCAAACUUUUUAUUCAUUGUUUAAUCUUCCUUCAUUUUGUGGGGGUGGAACGCUUCCCCUCAGCACAGAGCAGAGUCAUUGGAUGGGUACCUGCACAAUACAGGCUGUGACAAACUUUACACAUGCUGAGACAAAGUUCUCAGCUUCCUUCCUGCUCUUUGCUAUUUGGCGGACUGCACAUGAGACUGUGCAGUCCUGAGGGAAAUUGUGGGUGCAAGACACCAAGACAAGCAUGACCUGAGUGAAGAUUUCAGAUCCAUUUGCAUCACAAAUAACAGCAUGAAACUUAAGAGACUGAUUUUGGUGUACCUGGUUCUGAUCUUAGCCCACAUUUUUUAUUGUUCAUCACAGCCUCACUUGUUUCUAUUUAGUUAGGGAAUGCCUUAUGUAGAAUCUUCUGACAUCUUAAUAGUUGUCAGGGAGCUCUGGUUUGCCUCAGACAUGACAAGGGAAAUCAAGUGGGAAGGUGAGGGAUCCUUCUAUGUUAACAUUCCUGGGAGAGAUUGAAAGUACUGCACAAGCUCUGUAGUUCCCUGAGGUGUUUGCCAAGGGACGUUAUGCAGAAACAUACAAUAGCACUUUUUGUGUUCAAUCUGGUGUUCAUAGGAUGUCUCCUCUCAGCUCUCCUUGAAGGAUUAUUUACUGUAAAAUGACUUAAAAGAAGUUCUUCCCUGCCUCUUCUCCCCUUCAACAUACCACUCCCCCCCACCCCUACAGCUCAUUAUUCCAUAUUUCCUACUGCCCUUAGAUGCUGGAAUGGAUUCUCUGGAAGUUUUCUCUGCCCUUAACUGAAAACAUGUAAUUUGUGUUUUAUUUAAUUUACACACACACAGAAAAAAAAAAAAAAAGGUAAGAAAUGGAGCCUGAGGAAACAGUGGCAGCUGCAAGGUGCCUGGAAGAAGUUCUAUAGCCUACAGAGGAGAACCUCAAAGAUGAAACUUUGGGAUGAGUUAUAAUGGGGCUAUUUAUUGGGAUUGCUACAGGACAACAUGAAAUAUUUUCUAUUUAAACAACUUAACAGGUUUUUGUCUCCUACAGUAUAAAGUGACCUGUUCCACUUCUUCCCAUGCUGUGAGUUUAGACUGAGUGAGAUGAGGUUAUUGAGGUAGUGUUAUUUAUUGACUAACUAAGUACUAAAGUCCAUGAUAAUGUGGAGAGCAAAGCAGAGCUGUACUUUGAUAUUUAUUGGAUCAGGCCCUAAAGACUUGCUGCCUUGUAAUUCCCAUGUGUGCACAUCACUGCCCUCUGUUUAACAAAAUGAGGAUAGAUUGAGUGGUUCCCAGACCCAUUCUUGCUAAUAGAGAAGGAGAUUCAUAAUUUUAGAAAUUGGUUUGGGUAUUUGGAAAAAAAAAAUAAAUUAAAACUACAGUGUUCUCUUGAAGUUGUCAAGCACAAGCAUGUUUUUCUUGUUUGCAAUAUUCUCUUAGUGUCUCUCUGCCUGUGCUUGGGCUCUUGUGUUUGGCCCUACCAGGCAUCCUCAGGAGAAAGCUGGUAUUUGCCACUGACAUGUGAAAGGGGAGCAUAAGUUGCCGCCUUUUUUCUAACUCCCCCAGUAUAAAUUAGUCCUUAAUAUCCAAGAGAUUAAUCAGUGCAUCAAUAAGCUGCUGUACAGAAUUAAAGCAGUUUGAUUAAAGGCAUUCUUCUUAAAAGAAAUUCCUGCUCAUUUACAAGAAAUUGAAGAAAAAAUAAAAAAAAAUAAAAAUCAGAGUGACCAAGACUGACAGCAUAACUGACAGCAUGAACAUUAUUAGAAUUAUAGAUCUGAUUACAAGUGGCAUUGGAGCUUAAAGUCUAUCUCUCCUCAGUAUGACUCACAAAUUCCCAAGUGCAGCAGAACCUUUUCCAGCAGUCCUCACUUUCCUUCUGUCUGCUAACAAGAUCUUCCUCCCCUCAUUUCUUCUCUGAGGCUUUUUGUUUUUUGUGGUCUAGAGUAUGAAACUUUUAUUUUCAAAAUAAAAGCUCUCAAGCUAUUGGAUGAGAUUUAGAGCUUUGCUUAAUUACUUCAUUUUGCCUCCUAAUAGAAAUUGACAGUUCUCCCUUGCUAAUACAAAAUGCAAAUGUUCUUCAGAAGCAAGAGGCUGCUGUGUUUCCACUGUCACUUCAGACAGGUCUGAGAACUGGCUGGCGACAAGGAAUGAUGGUGAAACUGAGAGGAGUUUUGGCAAUUCAGGAUAAAUAGGGCAGGAGAUUGCAACCAAGUCUAUCCCUAUAGAUAGAUAUUGCUACAAAUUUCACAUUUUGUUUCAUAAAGUAAAAGCUAAAGUCAUAUGACAUGGUCCAUACAAACCUGAAAUAAAUAAUUUGGCUGUAAUAAUGUCUGCUUACUUGCAUAAGGAAUAUUCAGUUACAUCAUUCAACAAAAAUGCAAGGCUCCUGCAUGUGCAGCUCCAGCUCAGGCUGUAAGGGGCGGAUAAGGAAAAGCUGACAAAUGUUAAGUGUUCUUUUAAGUGGGAUGACUCUGUUCCAGGUGAAGGUGAACACACUAGCCUACCAGAAAGGUAUUCCAAUGUCCUCUCGACUGCCUUUUCUUCACUUUCUCCUUUUUAACCGAGUUGUUUGCCAUAGGACUCUAUUGCACGCCAGUGUUGUGAAUGUGCUCCUUCCUUUGGGAAGAAGAAUGUGGGAUCACACCCUAAGGUGUGGGCUCACCCCUUGUUCCACAGGGCUGGAGCAGACUCCUCUUCUCUGGAGCAGCCCUGGCUGUGCACUGACGUGCCUGGGCGUGCAGGUUAUCUCCGUGCAAUUCCCUCCUGAAUAGAGGUGCAUACCUUCAAAUGAGCAGCUUAAAAGCAAAUCCCAGCUCUCGCAUUUAAAUGCUUUAAAGUAUUAUUUUUUUCCUCCCAUUUGAUGGAACUUUGAUCUUUUAUCCAUUGAUCUGCUUCCUGAUCAAACUAUUCAGGUUUAAGUGAUGACUUUGUUUUUGUGUGUUUCAUCCAUGGUAUCAGUCUAUCUGUCCUGGGAGGAUAUCAGAGCUUGUCUGAGUUCUGUGGAUGCAUCACAAAACCUCCCUGAACAAAAGCAGGUCUUGUAGUAUUAAGCUUUAAAUACUACAGAGAUAUAAAAAUGGCUAGAGAAUUACUAAUGGUGUACACAGCUUUUAUUGUCUGUAAGUGAUAUGGAUCCUGCCUCUAGGGUUUUAAGUCCUUUUUACCAAGGGAAUACAGAACCUCACACAAUAAUCUCAGGUAAGGCUCUUAGCCUGAGCAGACAGUUUAAAUCUUGUUCAUGUGGUCUGAACAGAUUGCUUUCUGCUUUCUGUUGCUCUCUUUUGGCUGUUUGAUAUCUUCUGUCAAUGAGCAAUGCUGUCUCAGAGCCACCAGAGCUCAGAGUAACAGAGGUAUUUCCAGACAGUGCAACUGAAAUUUUCCAUCAUACAACCGUCACAAUAAUUUUUCCAGGAGAGACAACUGAGCUUCUUCCAUUUACUUUAAUAGGAAAUCUGGCCCCUGAAUGUUGUUCUGAGAUAUUAAUCUGUAUUUUUAAGAAUUCAUUGUGUACUUUUCCAUUGGCUGCAUAGGAUUUAUAGGGAUUGGUUUGGGAAGAGAGGCUCGGCUUUUAUUUUUUACCAACACAGGUAUGCUGAAGAGAGGGAGUGGAGGAAGUGAACUCUGAGGAUCUGUAGGAAACUGUAAAAGGUGGGACUGAGUGCAGGAAGAGAACAUCUUUUACAUGGAAAGUGAAGACAUUCAGAGAUCAGUUGUCUCAAAGUAGCUUCACUUUCAGAUUAUAACAAAGCAUAGAGAACAUGAUAUUUGACAUAACUUGCGACAAUAAAAUAUUUAAUGAGCCACAUCAAUGUAAAGCUCAUCUGCUUUCACUGGAAUGAUGCUGCUCUGGCACCAGCAGGAACACCCAUGCCCGUUCAGUCUUUCCCACCGUCAUGGAUAUGUUCUUUUGUGUCUAAUGAGUCACAGUGAUCGAACUUCCUACAAAGGAAAUGACCUUUCAAAAAAGCCCUGAAGCAGAGAGGUGAAAGAGUCUGCAAAGUAACUACCCACCAGUUCAGUUUUCUGCAAAGGAAAUGGGCUGAUCUUAUCUUGAUGUUAAAACAGUUUCAUCUGUCCUAUGAGCCUAUGAUUCCUGGAUUAAUCCCAGGGUUAAACAUUCAGUGUACCAGAAAUGGCACUUUGUGGCUAGUGGCUAUAAAACUGUGGUCAGGAGUUGCCGAAAUGACCAAAGCAGAUGAUAACUGAGGCAGAGCCUGUCAUCUGCGGAAUUACCUGCCCCAGAGCAUGCAAUUGAGCAGCUCCAGAAAUGCUGUUUGGUGUAGUUUUGGCUUUUUCACUGGACAAGUUAAUUUAAAUCCUGACAUGCCUUCUAAAAUCUACUUUGGGUUCCAUUCUAAAUAAAACAAGUCAGCUCUGUGUAUGUAUUUUUGGUAUCAAUUCAAGGAUUGACCUAAAGGAAAAAACAUUUAUUUUGGGAUGCACAAAAUGAAUACAUGGAAAUGUAUGAAUUGAUUUUGCUCAGUCUAAAGCAGAAUGUUUGCUCUAUAUUCUUUUUCCUAAUUAUGUAUAUGUCAGGGAAUGAUGAAGGGAUAUGAUUACAGGGAUAGGCGACAGCAUGAACAGAUUUCAGAUUAAGAGGGGGGCACAGUAUCUAUCUUUGAUAAUCUAUUGUCUUCCUCCCCUCUCAAUCCAGUCAGCUUUUGGAGUCUGCCCUAAGUUUAUAAUUUGGGUUUUGAUUACUCCAACUGUGCUCUGUAAUAAAGAUAUUAUUUGCCAAAUGAAUGUCACUCUCUGAGAUGCCCAUUUCUGUUGCAGAGCCACAGGAUGCCCUGUGAGACAUUUCCCAUUUAAAUGUGGAAACAAAUGAUUGUAAUAUUGAUUUUUUUUUACAGGAUAAAUAUUGACAAGCACUGCUGUCCCUUAGAUGAAGUUACCAUGCAUUUGGCUCCACAUAAGGGUGUUCACUGACUGAUGCUUCCUCUGAACAGAGUUUUUAACAGUACAAAUACAGAAGGUGGGGCUUGGUGAAAAGAUAAUGGCCGGGAAGAAGUGACUUCCCAAAGAAGCUGAAUGAGGGGCCAAAGACAAGGAGAGAGCUACAGCUUCAAACAGGCAGAUGCUCUGGCAGGACAUUGUCUUCCUUAUUUUUGCUACAAAUGUCUCAAACCCCCUCCUCUAUUUCUAAUCACUGUAAUUAAUAGUGAGCUUCAUUGCCCUCUCUCUUUAAAAUAAUGUCAAACUGGAUCUGUGCUUUCACAACAAAACAUGUUAGGGCAAUGUUUCAGAGCUCAACUUGUAAUUACAAACUGAAGGAGACUCCCAGAGAUUCAAACAGUUACCAGCACAAAGUAGGAUCCCAGGUUUCUGUCUGGUGUGAUUGCUGUUUUGGAGGGAGCCUUCUUUGACCUUCUUUCUCUGAGGAAGAGAUAUCCACUGAACGUUUUGGAAAGGUGAGUCUUCUGUAUCCAGUGGACAGAAGAUGGGUAAGAAAAGAGAAAGGGAAUGCCAGACAAUGACAGAGAUACAGAAUGGAGACAGCUGACAACACGUAAGAGGAACAAAGAGCAUUAAGGGUUAGAGAUAGAAGUGAAUAAAGGAGCCAUCAUCAAGCAGAGUCCUUUGGGAAUGUACCAAAUACAUUCACUUUUUCAGAAUGACUGAGUUAAGUGUAUGUGUACAUAUUAUAUCUCUCUGUGUUUGUGUGUAUAAAGUAAUUAAUUCCAGCAUGAGUACUUUGGCUUCUGGAGAAGCUGCUGCUGGCAAAAUUGUCUGUGGAAAAUCUUGGGGUGAGGGAAGGAAGAGUUGGUGCCUUCUGUCUGCUGAGGGUAGCCACAUGCAAGAAACACUGCGAAGAUACACGGAAUGUUUUUGACUCCCGUGCCUCUGGGAAGGGCCCUCACAUCCAUCCUGUCAAGACUGAGCUCCAUGGUUCUUUCUCCACACUGAUGCUGCAAAUUCUGUUGUUCAAUGUGUGGAAUAUGUGUCAAAAGAAUUAAACCAGGAUGUUCUCCUGAAUGUGUAAUUCCAGAGAAGGCACUCACUGGUACUUCAAAAGCAAGCAAAGCAGCAACAUCCUGAAAUUGUUGCCUUUUCUCGAAUGUUUUCAUUGCUUGACUGAAACUUUCUGCUGAUAUCUACACUGAAGUGCUUUGUUUGACUUGGAGCAAACACUGUUGCUAGUCUGCUCUGAAAGCUUGAGAUGGCUCUGACUUCUCUAAAAUCUGUAGCAGGGGAUUUGACACAAAGAGAAGAAUCCAUUCUCCAUGAGGGAAACUGCUGCCAUUUCCUCUCUUCAAACAUCCUCACAGUAGUGGAAAGAUGUAUGAGCUCCAUGCAAGCAGGCACCCAGAUGAUCAAACUCCGUGGUGGCUCCAAGGGGCUGGUCCGCUUCUACUACUUGGAUGACCAUAGGUCAUGCAUUCGCUGGAGACCCUCUCGGAAGAAUGAGAAAGCCAAAAUUUCCAUUGACUCCAUCCAGGAGGUGUGUGAGGGGAAGCAGUCGGAGAUCUUCCAGCGCUAUGCCGAUGGCAGCUUUGAUCCCAAUUGCUGCUUCAGCAUCUACUACGGGGACCACAUGGAAUCCCUGGAUUUGGUGUCCUCCAGUGCUGAGGAAGCACGGACCUGGAUCACAGGGCUGAAGUACCUGAUGGCAGGGAUCAGUGAUGAGGACAGCCUCUCCAAACGCCAAAGGACCAGAGACCAGUGGUUGAAGCAGACAUUUGAUGAGGCAGAUAAAAAUGGGGAUGGCAGCCUGAGUAUUAGUGAAGUGCUCCAGCUCAUGCACAAACUGAAUGUGAACCUACCCCGACAGAAAGUCAAGCAAAUGUUUAAGGAGGCUGACACAGAUGACAACCAGGGCACACUGGACUUUGAGGAAUUCUCUGCCUUCUACAAGAUGAUGUCGACGCGGCGUGAUCUGUACCUGCUGAUGCUUACCUACAGCAACCACAAAGACUACCUGGACACAGAUGACCUGAAACGCUUCUUGGAGACUGAACAGAAGAUGACAAAUGUGACUAAAGAAUAUUGCCUGGAAAUCAUCAGCAAGUUUGAGCCAUGCCCAGAGAACAAGAAGGAGGGAGCCCUGGGAAUUGAUGGUUUCACCAAUUACAUGCGGAGUCCAUCGGGGGACAUAUUCAAUCCAGAACAUUACCAAGUGAACCAGGACAUGAGCUACCCUCUGAGUCACUAUUUCAUUACCUCUUCACACAACACCUACCUCAUGGGAGAUCAGCUGAUGUCCCAGUCCAGGGUGGACAUGUAUGCAUGGGUGCUACAGUCUGGCUGUCGCUGCGUGGAAGUUGACUGCUGGGAUGGGCCAGAUGGGGAACCAAUUGUCCACCAUGGAUACACCUUGACUUCCAAAAUCCUCUUCAAAGAUGUGAUUGAAACUAUCAACAAAUAUGCCUUUAUCAAGAAUGAGUACCCUGUGAUACUGUCAAUUGAGAACCACUGCAGCAUCAUGCAGCAGAAGAAGAUGGCUCAGUAUCUUACAGAAAUCCUGGGAGAUAAACUGGAUCUGUCUUCUGUGCACAACGAUGACUCCACAAAGCUCCCUUCACCAGCAAGUCUUAAAGGGAAGAUCCUGGUUAAGGGCAAGAAACUUCCAGCCAACAUCAGUGAUGAUGCAGAGGAAGGAGAAGUUUCUGAUGAGGACAGUGCUGAUGAGAUUGAUGAUGACUGUAAACUAAUGAAUGGAGAUGCAUCUGCUAACAGGAAAAGAGUGGAGAAUAUAGCAAAGAAAAAACUUGACUCACUGAUAAAAGAAUCCAAAAUCCGUGACUGUGAAGAUCCAAACAAUUUUACAGUUUCCACUCUACCAUCCUCAGGAAAGGCUGGGCUGAAGUUUGGCAGUAAGAAGAGUAAACUUGAGGAUGAUGCGGAAUCCGGGGAAGAUUUUAGUGCCAGCAGAAGGCACAGCCGGUCUCUCAUGGGCAGCUUUUCCAAACGCAAGAAAAAAGGAAGCAAAUUGAAAAAGGCAUCAAGUCUGGAAGAGGGUGAAGAUGAUUCGGAUUCUCAAGGGAAUUUAGCCAGGAGCUCUGUACAUUGCAGCAGAGUAAACCGACAGAAGAAGACAAUGAAGCUGUCCAGGGCCCUGUCUGACCUGGUGAAAUACACGAAAUCUGUUGGCAUCCAUGACAUUGAAACUGAGAUCUCUUCCAGCUGGCAGGUUUCAUCUUUCAGUGAAACUAAAGCCCACCAGAUCCUGCAGCAGAAACCAGCACAGUACCUACGUUUCAACCAGCACCAGCUGUCCCGCAUCUACCCCUCCUCCUACCGAGUGGACUCCAGCAACUACAACCCCCAGCCUUUCUGGAAUGCUGGCUGCCAACUUGUUGCACUAAACUACCAGUCAGAGGGGAGGAUGCUACAGCUGAACCGGGCCAAGUUUAGUGCCAAUGGGAACUGUGGCUAUGUCCUCAAACCAAACUGCAUGUGUCAAGGUGUCUUUAAUCCAAAUUCUGAAGACCCACUGCCUGGUCAAUUGAAGAAACAGCUAGUUCUAAGAAUUAUCAGUGGUCAACAACUUCCCAAACCACGUGAUUCCAUGCUGGGAGAUAGAGGAGAGAUCAUAGAUCCAUUUGUUGAAGUAGAAGUUAUAGGCUUACCUGUUGAUUGCUUCAAAGAACAAACCAGAGUAGUUGAUGAUAAUGGUUUUAACCCCAUGUGGGAGGAGACAUUGGUGUUCACAGUCCACAUGCCAGAGAUUGCCCUGAUCCGGUUCCUUGUGUGGGAUCACGACCCCAUUGGGAGGGAUUUCAUCGGGCAGAGGACAAUAGCCUUCAGCAGUAUGAUGCCAGGUUACAGACACGUGUACCUGGAAGGCAUAGAAGAGGCUUCCAUCUUUGUGCAUGUGGCUAUAAAUGACAUCUGUGGUAAGGCCAAACAAGCUCUAGGUCUAAAAGGGCUAUUUCUCAGAAAUCCAAAGCAGGCCUCUCUGGACAGUCAUGCUGCUGGGCAGCUCCAUCGCAAACAUUCCUUUAGCAGCCACAUCCUGCGACGGACAGCCAGUGCACCCACCAAGAGCCAGAAGAAGAACAAGAAGGGCUUUCCUGAAAUUGCUUUUGAUACAAAGGACAGCAGCUCUGCAGGGGCUGGAGAAGGGCGGGAAGUGGAAGCUGCCUCCCAGCCUCGCUUUGUGCAAGAGCCAGAAAGUACUUCCCUGUCCCCAGCUCCCCGAGACGGUGCCAGUGGGGAGGCACCUGGCAAGGGCUUGAAAGGUAAGGCCCAGGGCCCUCCCAGAGGGCCAGGGCAGAGCUGUCCCCACCCCAGGGCUCCUUUCAGUGAGCCCUUGCCCAGGGCACACAGGGUGAGGCUGCAGGAGCCCCAGGGCGAGAAGCAAAGCAUCUUCGCCCGCUGUGCCAUCAACAGCUCGGGCAGGAUUGGAGUGGCCACCAACUGCAUGAAAUGCAUGAUUGGCUCCAAAGAGAGCCCUGACCCAGAGGGGCCGUGGAGUGACCACACUGGCGGGCCCAUUGCUAGAGACCCCCUGCACCCUGGGCAGACCAGCAGUGCAGAGGAGAGGGUAGAGCUCAGGACCUGGGUUAUCAGAGGGCAGCCCAGGCCACACUCAGAUUUGCAGCCUUGCAGCAGCCCUGGAACUGCAGAUGAUCUGACAAGGAGCACUCAGUAUUUUGUGACCCCAGGGAAGACAAGUGGUGAUUCUAAUUGUCACGGAAUAAAGGCUCAUUCCCGGCAGUGGUGGCAGUGCCCAUCAGGUGGCAAGUAUGGAAGCACUGUCAACUUGGUUGCAGCCAGCAAUGGCUCUAUAUCCUCAAACUCCAGCAGUCUAGAAAGCCUUGGAAGCCCAGAAUUCCCCAAGCACUGGUCUGAACCUUCUCGAAGGCAAGUGGGCACCCUACAGAGGGAAAUGAAUGCCUUGUUCGUUCAAAAACUGGAGGAAAUUCGAAGUAAAUCCCCCAUAUUCUUUACUGACAUCUGCUACUUCUCAAUCCAGAGGUCAGUCACUUCUUUAUGCAGCCUAGAAACGAUCACGGAAGAGCCUGUCCUUGCUAAUGAGAAGCAUCACUGCAGCCUUCUCUUCCCUCUGCCUGUUACCCCUUACAGUGAUUCUGAGGAAGGAUCUGGGUCUGAUCAUUCCACCAAAGCACCAUUAGAGGGAAGCAGCACAUCCAACCAGCCUCAGGAGCCCCUACCCUCCAGAGAACAAGGAACAAAUCUGGCUGCAGAAGACCAAGGACAGGAUGCCCCAAGAGCAGCUGACACAAGUUUAGUAGCCCCAGAGGGUGAGAGGACAAGUGUGGCAGAAUGUCCCACAGAAGGAAAUGGCUGGACACAGUGCAGCGAGGCUGAAGAUUGGGGUGGAUCAGCAGCACAUCCCCAAAAAGCCAGACUGGUACAGGCAGCAGGUCACAGUGCUGGCCAACCUGUAGGAAACUACCAGAAGAAAAACAACCAACCAUGUCAGGUAUUAGCAGACAUGAAAAGCACCUCUGAAUCCAAAGGGCAAAACCUGGGUGCAGCAGCUGUUCCACCCCAGCAAAGUAAUGUCAUUAACAGCACACAAGCAGAUUCUCCCCAGAAAGCCCAGGCUGCACAGGCUCUCCCUGUCUCUAUUUCUCACAUGAGCUCUUACACGUUGGCAAGAAGGGCAAAGAGUGAAGGACUGAAGACAUCAGACUCCUCAGCCUUAAUAAAAAUUCCAAGCAGCCUGUCUCCAGCAGCAGAAGUGUACUUUGAUGCCACUGUCAAUGAUCGGAUCUGGAGCAAGCUGGACUGUGGCAGCCACCGUGACAGCAUGUCCUCCUCGUCCAGCAUGUCCUCCAAUGACACUGUCAUUGACCUCUCUCUCCCCAGCCUGGCUCGCAAAAGCCUCCCGGACCUGGGCAUGCGCCAUGACAGCCUGGAGCCCCUGGCCAUCAGAAAGGGGAUGCGCCCACGCUCCGCCACUGCCUGCAGCAACGAGAUGCCAAUAGUAGGCAAGAGCAAGUCCAACCCCAACCUGAGGUCUGGUCAGCUGCCGGCUGAUGAGCUGUGCCCCCGGCCCCUGGCCAGGAGCCCUCAGGACGAGUUCUCAUCCAUUCCUAGAAGGCACACCUGGAGUAGACUCUACAUGGAGAGUCUCAGGCAGUCCUCUAACAAAUCCAAAGUGCAUGACAUGGUCGGGAAUAACCAGACAAAGUCCAAAAGCCUCGGGGACCUUACGUCUGACGACAUUGUAUGCACUUUUGAGAGCAAAUACCGCAGCAUCAGCAGGAGCUUUGUCACCCGCUCCAUGCGAGAGCAGCGCCGCUCCUCAGGCCUGUGGCCCUUGGCCAAAUCCCAGGACAAACUGACUGAGCAGCUGAAGAAGCUGACAGCCUUUCAACAGGAAAAUGACAUCACCUCCCCGAUCAGCCUUGAGCCCAGUGAGUCGGAGGAGGAGGGGGAGAGUGUUGGGCUGCUGCGCCGGUCAUCAUCGCGCAGCCAGAGCCGUGUGCGCUACAUCGCCAACAGAGCACGGCAGGCCCAGGAGCGGCAGCGCCUGCAGGGCCGGGCACAGUUUGGGGGGAGCCCCAUUGAGGAGAGGGGCAACCCUGAGGGUGCCUGCAGCGUGGGUAGGGCUGGCUGCACCGACCCUGCUGCCCACACCGCCCUGCCAUCCUUGCCCAAAGCCCAGCCUGACAGUGAGGCAGACACUGAGGUGUUCUUCAUGCUCAGACUGUGACCCUGGCAGCACUGGGCACUGUUUACACUCCUGUCACUGCAAAACACAGUGUCCUGAGAGGCCCAAAACAUCCUGCCACGGCUUGGUUCUUCCUGGCCUCCCCUUGAGGCCUUAAUGUCACGACUCCAAAAGAAUAGAUGACAAUUCAUUUUUAAUUGCACUUUUCCCAGCCUCCAAUUUGGCCUCCUUUGUGUGUGACCACUUCUUGUGUUUGCAGUUUGCUCUUGGUCUUUACUAAUUUCAGUAAUUCUUCUGACAAUAGGUAACCUUGAUGUUUAAUAGCUAAAUGCGAUGCUAACGACAGCUAAGGUAAAUUUUGCUCUUACAAAUCAUGGAUCGAUGUAAGGAGGCUGGACUUAGAAUCACAUUUUAUUUUCUGGAAGAGCUUGAGGCCUCUGAGGGUGUGAAUUAAUAAUGUAGUAGAUACAGUCCAUCUUCCAUCGUGGCCUGCUUAUCUUGGUGAAAAUUCAUAUUUCCUCUUUGAAGAAGAACUCUCUUGUUCCAAAGCAAUGCUUUUAUAAACCCAGCCUGUUUAUAUAUCUCUUUAUAUAUAUCUAUAUCUCUAUAUAUACACCUGUGUGUAUGCAAAGAUAUGUCUGCACAUGUAUGUACACAUGCACACUCUAAAACUGAACUGUGACUGUUCCUUGUCUCAAGGCAUUGUCUGAGGGAAUUGAGACAGGAGAGAGAAGGGAAUAACUAAAAAUAGACAGGAAAUAUCUUCUGACUUUACUUCAGAAAUGGCUACGAAGCAUGUUAGUCUUUUCUUGAAACAGCACUGUCUCUUACGGUUUUUUAACAAUGCUGCUGUACAUAGCACUUUUUGGAUUAAUUUGACUAUUUCUGUAUUGCACUGUCUUGCAAAAUUUUCAAUGAUAUGUUUAAAAAAGAGAGAUAUUUAAUUUUUUCAGAUAGACAUAUUUAGAAUUAAAUAACAACCUAAGCAGAGUAAUAAUUUUUCCUCUCCCUUUUUUUUUUUACUUUUUAUUUUUAGGGAUGUUGUCAUGUGUCCCUCCAGUCCCCAGUUAUGAUGUCAUUUAUUAUAGAUGUACAUUUUAUCAGUGAUAUACAAGAAUAUUUACUGAGAUGAAUUUUAAAGAGAAACAGAGGUUUAAUUUUAUUUCAGGCUGCAUAGAGUCCUUAUUAUUGAAAGGAUAUUUUGCCUUUCUAAUGAUUCUUUUGUGUAUAUUGCAAAAUUUAAGAAUUUGUUUGUAAAACCACCUUACACUACUAAAAUAAACAUAUUCAACCUUCCA